AUGCCCAGGCAGGCCUCUCUCCCCGCCCGCAGACGACGUCGAGUCCGCAGGACUCGUGUUGUUCGCAGACGCCGAAGAGUUGGCCGUCGCAGACACUAAGCCCUUUAAUUAGAGGCUUGCUACUAAUGUAGCACACCUCCAUUUGGGGAGGCUUUGCAG